AUUGGGAUACUACGUUUUCGAUUUAGUUUCUUGUUGUUAGAUUGAUUAAAAACUAUGGCAUCUCCCGUGCCUCCCGGGGCACCUCGACCUGGAUACACUUCACAGCGAUUUCCACCUCCACCACCUAAUUACAGACCUGAUUUUCAAAACAAUCCAAAUACAUUAGCCGAUAAUUUGAAUAGUGUGAACCUAAAUCAGCCUUCUUCGACGGCCAAUUCUGGUCCAAGGCCUCCCCCAUUUGGCCAGCCACCUCCUUUUUCCCAACAAACACCUUCUCCUGGGUUACCUGGUGUUUCCCAGCCAAUGUCCCGGCCAGGCCCACCACCAGUGGCGCUUUCGAGACCUGGAGCAUCUCCUUCGGGAUCCUUGCCAUCCACACUGCCUCAAAAUAUGCCUCCAGUAAGACCUACUGGUUCACUUGGUGGUCAAGCAUUGCCUUCUGGUUCUAGACCAGUGCCUCCGAGGUCCUUCCCCUCUUCCUCCGGCAUUCCAGUUGUCCCUCCUUCUGGUUUGCCAUUGUGUAGUGGUUUCCAGUCUUUGGGGUUUUCGGAUGGUGGAAUGACUGCACCUAUGCCGCCUCCAGGUGCUCAACCAAGUUUUGUGGCUUUUUCCCCUUUAAGAGGCUUCCAGGCUAGGCCCCCUUGGCCUGCACCACUAGGUCCAGCGAGUAAUGGACCACCAGCAUCGGGUGGACCCAAGUUUCCUCCAGCCAGCAAUGCUCCACAACGACCUGUUGUACCUCUAACAAUAUUGGAAUCGUCUCAGACCCCUGAGCCACCUAGCAUGCGCUCUGUUUUAGGAACUCCAGCAGGUGCUCCCAUGCAGUCACAAUCACCGUUUUCAGCUGCUCCUCAAGGCAUACCACCACCUCCAAGUUCACUCUACGAACCUCAGACAUGGCCAAUGCAACCUCAGCAGGUAGCUCUGCCUCCUGCAGUUCCUGGUGCUGCACAACCACCAGGAAUGGUUGGAAUACCUCCACCAGGACCACCACAAGAAAGUCAAUUGACUACUGUAUCGCCUACUGUGGGCCAAGCCGGAAUUUUCUGGGGAGGGCAAUCAAAGGUUGAUCCUACUCAAAUUCCAAGGCCCGAUUCAAGUUCUCCAGUUAUCAUGUAUGAAACCCGUCAGGGAAAUCAGGCUAACCCUCCCCCGCCUGCUACAAGUGACUUCAUUGCCAUGGACACUGGGAAUUGCAGUCCGCGUUACAUGAGGUGCACGAUGAAUCAGGUCCCAUGUACAGCUGACCUUUUGGCAACAUCAGGGAUGCCGCUGGCUUUGUUGGUCCAACCAUUGGCCCUUCCCCAUCCAUCUGAAGAGCCUGUACAGAUUGUGGACUUUGGAGAAAGUGGUCCAAUUCGAUGCUCUCGUUGCAAGGGCUAUAUAAAUCCUUUCAUGAAGUUCAUUGAUCAGGGGAGGCACUUCAUCUGUAACUUAUGUGGGUUCAUUGAUGAGACUCCCCGUGACUACCAUUGCAAUCUAGGUCCAGAUGGUCGGCGUAGGGAUGCUGAUGAGAGACCUGAACUGUGUAAAGGAACUGUUGAAUUUGUCGCUUCAAAGGAAUACAUGGUGCGUGAUCCAAUGCCAGUUGUGUAUUUUUUUCUCAUUGAUGUAUCCAUGAUUGCCAUACGGACUGGUGCAACUGCUGCAGCUUGCAGCGCAAUUAAUCAAGUUAUUUCUGAUCUUACUGAAGGUCCUCGGACAUUGGUGGGAGUAGCUACAUUUGACUCCACAAUUCAUUUUUACAAUUUAAAACGUGCAUUACAGCAGCCAUUAAUGCUUAUUGUUCCUGAUGUAGAAGAUGUUUAUACCCCUCUCCAAACAGAUGUUAUUGUUCAGCUUUCUGAGUGUCGUCAACAUUUAGAGCUGCUGUUGGAGAACAUCCCAACGAUGUUUGAGAACAAUAAAAGUGUGGAAUCAGCCUUUGGUGCAGCAAUCAAGGCUGGCUUUUUGGCACUGAAGGGUACUGGAGGGAAGCUUCUUGUAUUUCAGUCAGUCUUGCCAUCAGCUGGUGUUGGAACUCUUUCUUCAAGGGAAUCCGAAGCAAGAACUAAUGUCUCAGUGGGGGAAAAGAUAAAGGCUGCAAUCUCUCCUCUGGUUUCUCUCUUCUCUGUUGUUGUUUGGUGCGGUAAGCGUGGAGUUGUUGUGAAUCCUUUUGUGUUUGCUUGGAGUUGUUGUGAAUCCUUUUGGCUAGCCUCUUUCUGGUUGUUUGAGAUUGGGAAGCUUUUGUGUUUGCUUGGGUUGUUCGGUGUUGAGGUUGUUGUGAAUCUGUGGAGUUGGGAGUUAUUUGACAUUGUCAAUUGCUAG